UCUUUCACAAAAAAUAACUUCACUUUUUUUCCAUUUUCUUUUUCCUUUAUUUUCUGUAUCAAGAAUUUCGUUGAUUUCAAUGACGGGCCUACUCAAAUAGAUGUUGAGGCUACUGUUCAGUCCGGUGUAAAAGCAGUUGAGAUUAUGGUAAUGUUGCUUUUGUGUUGUUUUUUGGUUGUGUAAAGGUUGUUAUUUUUUACCCAUGCUCUAAUUACUUUUUAAUACCAUAUAUAAACAGAUGUCUUCAGAUGGAAUUGGUGGUGAUCCUUGUAAACAGAUUUCAGUUUCUGAAAAUGUUGAGGUUACGGAUCGUCGUCUUGUUUGUUUUGAGGUAUAUUUUUUUUGGGUUGUUUUUUAGUUUCUUCAUACUUUUUGUGUUUAACACUGUAUAUUUUCUUUCAUUUUUGUGGAAAAAAUAUAUUAGAUGGGUGCAACAGGUCUCAAUGUUGAUUCUAACAUUGAACUUGAAGAUGACCCAAUUCCCGUUGAAGAAACUCCUCUUGUUGACAAGAGGAAAUCUAAGAAACCCAUAGCGCUGACGUCUCCGUUUAUAAAGUAUGACUCUUCCAUUUCUAGUUCUAAAGAUGGUUCUGGUUAUGGAGUUGUUAAGUAUGUGGCUGGGUUGUGUCCUCUCAAUGAUAAGAUUGGUGAAAAUGUAGAACAUAAAGACGAGAAUGAUUUUGACUUGUGGCUUGGUGAAGGACGCCGAUCGAAGAAAGAUCCGUAAGUGUUUAUUUUCAGCAUUUUUGUUGUGUUUUUGUAUUUUUUGUUUUUUACUUUACUAUUUAUGUUUCAAUUUUUUUUUUUAAAUGUUAGGCAUGACAAGGAGAAGGUUUACUUGAAGGGUAAGGAUAAGAUUGUUCCCCCUUUUCGUUUUGGCGUGGAAGAUGUUGCAACCAAGAUGUGGUUCCACAAGCUUGCAUAUCCUGACCAAUGUUUAACUAAUUCUCAUCUGGACAUCAUUUUUUACUAUCUACGUAAAAAAGGAAAGUAUGCAAAGGAGCCAAAGGUUAAGUUCACAACCACCGAUUGCUUAUUCUUCAAAACUAUUCAUGCUUUGUAUGAAAAAUUUAUUGCACAGAAAAAAAAUCUUUCUUUGAUAACUGCCCAGCAUGCCAUUGCUGAUUAUAUCAGAGGUAGAAAAAUGUUAUGUGGUUCCCCUUGGCAUUUGUGCGAUCAUGUUUUGUUUAUCAUCCAUAUGGAGACUGAAUCACAUUGGAUUCUUGCUCGAUUGAAUAUUGAGGAAAGGCGUAUGUACAUGUACAACUCCUUGUCGACUGCUAUGAAAGAUAGUGCUGCUAUCAAAGUUUGUCAGCCAUUUGCGGUGUUGUUGCCCCACUUUUUUGCUUUGUUUGAUGAGUUCAAAAAGGAAAACAAACCGGUUUGUUUAGACCCUUUCGAAGUUGUUAAGGUUGAUGGUUUGCCUCAACAAACCUCGAAUGACUGUGGUUGUUUCGUUGCAUCGUUUGCCGAAUACUUCAUUGAUAUGAAACCGAUUCCUCCCAUAUUUGAUGUUGAGAAACACCGUGAUAGGCUUGCUGUGUUGUUCUAUAAGUAUGCUCGCAUGAAAGAAUUGGAUUUUAUUGAUAGUGAAGAUGAGGCUCCUCCAAAGGGUCCAAAGAAGAAUUUGUCUUAGUUAUUUAUUGGUUGUUGUUGGAAAUACUACUUUUUUUAUUUAGCUUUUGUUUUUUCUAUUACCAGAUUAUGUUCAUAAUCAUAGACAAGUUGUUGUUUCUACAUUGUUUCUUUCUUUAUUGGAAUUGGUUUUUUAUUUGUUCAUAUUUUUGGAUUUUUAAUUUUUAUAUUUACUUUAACUCAUGACAGCAU